GGUAUGACUGGGGAGCUUCCCGCGUAAUAGUUAAAAGAAUAAGGCUGAGGCGUGCAAGUGAACAUGUACCACUUGUUAUAAAGACAACAAUGAAGUGGGUGGGCCGAACAUUUUCUGAGCAAAAACAUCUUGUCUGAUUGAAGAUACAGAGAGGCUGGCAUGUCCCACAUAACGGUUUUCUGAGGACUGUUUGCACAGAGGUGAGGUUUUGUGCAUAAGGAAUAAGAAGAAAAGUUCCUGUAGUUUUCUUCAUCUGAAUCUUCUUCUGUGAGCCGCAAAGAUGGAGCGGAUGCAAGACGAAAAGCCGCCGAAGAAGGUGACCCUUUACCUGCUCUUCAGCGUUUCAACAGCUGUCAUCGGCUCGCUACAGUUUGGCUACAACACCGGGGUCAUAAACGCACCAGAGCAGAAACUGCGUAGGUUUUUCCAGAAUGUGUCGAUGGAGCGGUACGGGGAGCCUUUCAGCCCAGGAACCAACACCAUGGUGUGGAGCUUUGCAGUCGCCAUCUUCAGCGUGGGAGGCAUGGUCGGGUCCUUCUCUGUCGGAGCCGUUGUCACCAAAUUUGGCAGGCGUAAGUCCAUGCUGCUUGCUAACAUCCUGGCUAUCAUCGGGGGGGGUUUCAUGGGACUGUCGGCCCUGGCUCGUUCUUACGAGAUGGUCAUCGUGGGGCGGUUGAUCAUCGGUGUGUUCUGCGGUCUCUCCACGGGGCUGACACCCAUGUACGUGGGUGAGAUCGCCCCCACUGCUCUCCGAGGAGCCUUCGGCACGCUGCAUCAGCUGGGUGUGGUGAUUGGCAUCCUGGUGGCACAGAUCUUUGGUCUGGAGUUUCUGCUCGGCUCAGACUUUCUGUGGCCUCUGCUUCUGGCUCUCACCAUCCUGCCGGCCAUCCUGCAGAGCAUCCUGCUGCCUUUCUGUCCUGAAAGCCCCCGCUACCUGCUGAUCGUCCUCAACCAGGAGGAGGAGGCCAGGAAAGCCAUGGUGCGUCUGCGCGGCUGUGAGGAUGUGAGCGAUGAUAUUAAUGAGAUGAAGGAAGAAGGGAUGAAGAUGGCCUUGGAGAAGAAAGUGACCAUCCCUGAACUCUUCCGCUCCCCAAACUACCGCCAACCAAUCAUCAUAGCCAUAAUCCUGCAGCUCUCCCAGCAGCUGUCUGGUAUCAACGCUGUGUUCUAUUAUUCUACAGGUAUAUUUGACACAGCUGGUGUCACUCAACCCAUCUACGCCACCAUAGGAGCUGGAGUUGUUAACACCGUGUUUACUGUAGUUUCCCUCUUCCUGGUUGAACGGGCGGGGCGAAGAACCUUGCAUCUGAUUGGUCUGGCAGGAAUGGCUUUCUUUGCCCUCAUUAUGACGAUCUCCCUGGUUUUGGUGAAGGCCAACCCGUCUCUGAGCUACCUGGCCAUCGUGGCUGUGUUCGGCUUUGUUGCCAGUUUUGAGAUGGGUCCAGGUCCAAUCCCCUGGUUCAUCGUGGCUGAGCUCUUCUCCCAGGGGCCCCGGCCUGCUGCCAUGGCCGUCUCCGGUCUAUCCAACUGGACCGCCAACUUCCUCGUGGGGCUGGGAUUCCCUAAACUUGAGGAACUUUGUGGUCCUUACGUCUUCAUCAUCUUCAUGGUCUUCCUCAUCCUGUUCUUCAUCUUCACCUUCCUGCGAGUACCAGAGACCAGAGGCAGGACCUUUGACGACAUUGCUCAGGGAUUCGCUGCCAGCGCAGGAAAACCCUCUGCGGUUCAUGAGCCGAUGGCCGUCGGCCUGACCGAGGGAAAAGAAGGUCCUCCAACCUCCCCCACAAGCAGGGUCCCCAUGGUGGAUCUUCCUUAGAAAGAAGAAGUAAAAGAAAUCCGGACACAACACAGACAAAAGGUUUUAAACACAUAGAUAUAAGAAGCUAUAUUUCGUCACAAACAUGCUUUAAUAAUUGACAGAGUUCCCUGUAAUCCUGCUUUAAACAUGGGCCAAACUUAACUGAAUUACUAGUACUUAAUAAUAGUUGACAUUCCCAUUGCCAGCCCCACGCAUACUGCCAUAUAAGAGGAUCAACAUAUGUUCAGCCUUAAGUCCCAGGUCUUCAGCUACCCCCAUGUUAAAAGGUUGUGGGAUUUGGGGGGGUUUAUGUAUUGAGGUCAAGCUUGAAAAGCUGGUUUUGGAUCCUGGUAGUUUGACCCAAAAAAGAACGACUGACUUGCUGUCCUGUCUGCAUGCCUGAUGUGCCUUGCUGCCUGGGGGAGGGAGCCAUGUUGUCUUGAGUAGACAGAGUGAGUAUAGAGGUGUUACAGCAGCCCCUCUCCCAUUUAAGUGUGCAAGAAAGCACUAUAAACUUAGAAUACAAAUAUUUAAGCAGAAAUAAUUAACACAGGUCUGUAAAUUACAGCUGUCUGCAUGAACCACGUUGUUGAGGUGUAGGCUAACAAACACUGUCAGGCCUUAAAGUCUGCUCAGGCUUUCUGCUCCUAAAAAACCCAACCUAACCUCCGUUUUCAACGAUUUCAGCCAGUAUUUUGUAGUCGUUUACAGUAAGCAUUACAACCUUAGGAUAAAAAACUCAGGUGGCUACAUUUAUCAUCACUGUACUUGAAACUCUCUUGACAUCAGUAUGAAGCAGUAACUUCUGCAUCCUAGGCUAACAACAUCAUAUUGCCAUCUCUAAAAUAGCGUUACAUUAAAUCAAGUGCUCAUCAGUGUUAAACAGUCAUUUGUGGUAAAUGUUUUGUAUUGAAACACUUUAAAAUCGACUGAUAACUAUACGUAUCUAACAUGAAAGAUAUUAGAUAUUGGAAAAUAUAACAUUGAUGAUAUUAACCAAGAGGUAUAAUGUUGAGUAAUAACACUAAAUGAAUUGUAUUUAUUUUAGUAGUUAACGCACAAAAAAUGCCUUAUUGAUUGUUGUUCUUUCUAAUUUUCUGAAAUUAUGUACAUAAAUAUUGUAGAAUCUUCAGUAACUGAAUCAGGAUAAACUAUUACAACAUAGUACACAUGCUUAUAUAUGUUGUGUCAAUGUUUGUACAGUUGUACUUCUUCUUGGAUGUGGGCACACUCAUAUGGAAAACAUUUUCAAUGUUUGAGCUUAGCAGCAUUUUAUUUGCACUUUGGCAGUCGGACUAGUUUGUAAUAAUUGUUUAUAUUGUGUGUUUCUCUGUAAAUAUAAUGUAUGCAUUAGGAUGUUGGGUUGUGCCUCAUAAUCCCGUCUAAUCUGCUACAUUUACUGAUUUGUCUUGCACUGUCACUAUGGUGGAUGUCACUGUGUUGCUUAAUGGUAAACAGAAGUCAGGGGUGUUAAAGCUUGAGUGUGCGUGAGAGUCACAGUAUCAUAAUGUAUGCCAGUUAUAAUAUUAGUGACACUUGCUUUGAGAAACUAAAAAAGGAAAUAAAGUUGUCCAUCUUUAAGGGAAUGUGUGACUUGAAUUAUGAAUUAUUUUACUGUCUGUAAUGCUCGAGUCAAAGCAAUGAAUGUUUAAUGUGAUUGCAGUCUCUGUGCUAAAGUGAGAGUGUGAUUACUGUGGCAACUCCAUUUCCUUUUCUGCACCGUGGCUAAACCUCAGUCAGCUGUGCUGUUAUACACUGUAGAGCUAACCAAACCUCAGAAACAUUGAAAUAAAGCCAUAAGUUAAA